CAUCAAGUCAGGUGGUUAUGCUUCUGCUGUGUGUCAGAAAUUUCUUUCCCCUCUGCAGCAGGCUUUCUCAUCCCUCUGUGUAGGGGCACUAGAAGGACAAUUAUUUUGUUAGUAGUGCUUAACUGCUGAAUUCUGGCUUUGCUUCAGUGGGCCCGUGGAUUUUUGUUCCUCUCUGUUUCUGCAAAAUAAGUUGAACCGGCAAAAUGGACUUCUCCAAGCUACCCAAAAUCCGUGACGAGGACAGAGAGGCUUUUGUUGGCUAUGUCCAUGGAGUCUCAGGACCCGUGGUCACGGCAUGCAACAUGGCAGGGGCUGCUAUGUAUGAACUGGUACGAGUAGGCCACAGCGAGCUGGUGGGGGAGAUUAUCCGACUGGAAGGUGAUUUAGCAACUGUCCAGGUGUAUGAAGAAACAUCUGGUGUCUCUGUAGGAGAUCCUGUACUCCGUACUGGCAAACCCCUGUCUGUGGAACUAGGGCCUGGCAUUAUGGGAGCUAUUUUUGAUGGUAUUCAGAGGCCGCUCUCAGACAUUAGUGCUCUGACCAAAAGUAUCUAUAUCCCUAGAGGUGUCAAUGUGUCAGCUUUGAGCCGAGAUGUCAAAUGGGACUUCACGCCUUCAAAAAAUCUGCGGGUCGGCAGCCACAUCACUGGUGGAGAUAUUUAUGGUGUGGUGAAUGAAAACUCCCUUAUCAAACACAAAAUCAUGCUGCCCCCACGGAACAGGGGUACAGUUACAUACAUUGCUCCACCAGGAAACUAUGACGCUUCUGAUGUUGUCUUAGAGCUGGAGUUUGAAGGUGUGAAGGAGAAAUUCACUAUGGUCCAGGUCUGGCCUGUACGUCAAGUCCGUCCUGUUACUGAGAAGUUACCAGCCAAUCAUCCGUUAUUAACUGGCCAACGGGUCCUGGAUGCCCUCUUUCCGUGUGUGCAAGGGGGUACAACAGCGAUUCCUGGGGCAUUUGGUUGCGGGAAGACUGUGAUCUCUCAGUCUCUCUCAAAGUACUCCAACAGUGAUGUCAUCAUUUAUGUAGGCUGUGGAGAACGAGGGAAUGAAAUGUCUGAAGUACUGAGAGAUUUCCCUGAGUUAACAAUGGAAGUUGAUGGCAAGGUAGAAAGCAUCAUGAAGAGAACAGCUCUGGUAGCAAAUACCUCCAACAUGCCUGUGGCUGCCAGAGAAGCCUCUAUCUAUACAGGGAUCACCCUGUCAGAGUAUUUCCGGGACAUGGGCUAUCAUGUCAGUAUGAUGGCAGACUCUACUUCCCGAUGGGCUGAGGCCCUCAGAGAAAUUUCAGGGCGACUGGCUGAAAUGCCAGCUGACAGUGGUUAUCCAGCCUACCUUGGUGCCCGUCUAGCCUCUUUCUAUGAGCGAGCUGGCAGAGUGAAGUGUCUGGGAAAUCCUGAAAGGGAAGGCAGCGUCAGCAUUGUUGGAGCUGUCUCUCCGCCAGGUGGUGACUUCUCUGAUCCUGUCACAUCUGCUACGCUGGGCAUUGUUCAGGUUUUCUGGGGUCUGGAUAAGAAGCUGGCACAACGCAAGCAUUUCCCCUCUGUCAACUGGCUGAUCAGUUACAGCAAAUACACUCGUGCCCUGGAUGAGUAUUAUGACAAACAUUUUACAGAGUUUGUCCCUCUCAGGACAAAGGCCAAAGAGAUCCUACAGGAGGAAGAAGACCUUGCAGAGAUUGUGCAGCUUGUGGGGAAGGCUUCCUUGGCAGAAACAGAUAAAAUCACCUUGGAGGUUGCCAAGCUGAUAAAAGAUGACUUCUUGCAACAGAAUGGUUAUACGCCUUACGACAGGUUCUGCCCUUUCUAUAAAACCGUGGGAAUGCUUUCCAAUAUGAUUGCAUUUUAUGACAUGGCACGCCGUGCUGUAGAAACCACAGCCCAGAGUGACAAUAAGAUCACGUGGUCCAUCAUCCGAGAGAACAUGAGCGAAAUCCUCUACAGACUUACCUCCAUGAAAUUCAAGGACCCUGUGAAAGAUGGUGAAGCAAAAAUCAAGGCGGACUAUGCUCAGCUGUUUGAGGAUAUGCAGAAUGCAUUUCGCAGUCUGGAAGACUAGACUUGACCUGUGACCACUCCAGUUUGUCCUCUCAAUUCUUCAUCUCAGCUCCUCUGCUUCCCUACCUUAAAAGAAUGAUGCAACAGUACUUGAGUUGAUAAAUAGCCCUAUGUUUCCCCUGUUCAUACUCAGAGUGUCCUUACAAAACAUUCCUCUUCGUUUGUGUUUGGCAUUGCUUUGUGUGUCUGGAAUGGUGAGUGAUGUGUGAAUGGGCCUGGCUGGGUGAGGAAAUGCUGUUGUACACUUCUAGGGUGGGAAAACUUUCACCUCGCCUCUCCUAGCUCUCUUGGUUACCAGUCUUUCCCCUUGGGAUGCGACCAGUUGAGCUGUACUGGCAAAGGGGUGUAGAUCUUAAUGCAGUCACGCGGUACAGUGUGAAGCUGUAAGUUAGUGGUAAGGGCAUUUAGAUGUGGCACUUUGCUCAGUGACUAUCACGAUGUAGAACUCCCUAGUCAACAACAGAAUUUUUGACCAUGUUCUGAUGACGUGUUGAUACAACCAAGAAUUCUUCCCUGCUCUGUCCCUUCUGCAUCUGUUGGUAUUGAAAUGUGGUAGUUCUGGAUUUCCCAGGAAGGGACUAACUAGAAGAUGAGCAUGUACAAGCAGCCAUUAUAUGUUAGUAUGCUGGAGAACAGAGCUUGAUUUUCCUACGUACUACAGCUAGGUAUGUUGGACUCGGCAUCAGCUAAAAUCAAAGGCAUAGGUGCUCAGCUUCCAGCUUCUUGCUUUCACCUUCUUGCCUCACGCACACCCAUAGAAUUUCAUGACACUCGGCUGCUUUAGUUAGUGAAGCUUGUGACUGCUGCUGUUAGUUAGCAGUUACGGUGAUGCCAUGUCAUGUGGACCAGGAAUACAGUCCUUCCUCAGUGGUGCUCCGCCUGCCAGUGCAGCUGCCUCCCAGGGCAAUGCUCAGGUCAUGCUAAAGAAAGGAAAGCGUGUGCUUACCCUCCCUCCUCCACCUGCGCUCACGUGGCCUCUUUGGUGGUGGCGCAGAAGGUCCCCGGUUCUUGUGUAGGAGGAAUGUACGAUGCUACACCUCUGGGGGCAGGGAAUGAAUGGGGGAAGGCUGGCAAGCACAAAAUGUCUUUGCUCCUGCCUUGUUGAUAACAGUACAAGAGAAAACAGUGACUUUGGUCUUCUGCUCUGUGCUCUGCAAACACUCUAUCAAACAGCCGAAACUGCUGUUUAUUAGCAAAACUAUGAGCUGAGGAAUGAGCGUAGAGUAGCCUUUCUGUCAAACUCCAGGAGCCCAGCAUUCAUAUCAUUGCUGCAGAGAGAGAAAUGCUGGCACCUUCUCCAGUUUCUCCCUCUUGUGUCAGGUGGCAUCCCACGCCGCUUUGUGGUGCAGUACUGUGCCCAGCUGGGUUCCAGCUGAUGGCUGCUGCUUUCUCACAGCCCGGAAGCAGGCAGUGGCGCGGCUGCGUAAGCAUUAAUUCUGCACUGAAGCAUUUCCUCCGGCUGCCUGCUUUGAAUGGUAGCCAUGCAAAGAGAUCUCGCACUACGGACCAAACACUGCCACUUCCAUUAUGGUAUCAACACGCUGUUUGUCAGGGAGAAACUUGAAGGGAUCCACUAUCUUUGGUUCUCCCCAAAGGAGCUGCUCCACCAGCUGAUAUUCUGGUAGUGAAUGGUUAAGUUUACAGCUCACUAAACUUUCAGUGUAUGCUGCUUAUUUUACUGAUGAGCAUGUGUGAAUGAGUAGUUGCUAUUCAAGCCCUGAUGGAUUCCUCAUCAUUUGUACCCUCCACCACUGUACUAUGUAGCAUUUCAUGCUAGAAACCAGAUGUUCUUAUCUCUUUAAAUAGAGGAUGUUAUAAAUCUUACAGAAGAUGUCUAAGAUAAUGCAGUUCUAAUAUUUAUUGUGCUGUACCUGGCCCAAAGGCGUGACCAGUUCAAACAGUUUCAUAUAUAUUUUUGUCUUUUUUUGUUUUGUGUCUGUUUUCAGUGUUGAGAUUCUGAUGUUCACUGUGUCCCACGUGUCUUCCCUCCCCAGCUGUAGGGGGAAUGACAAGCUGGGCCGAUUCCCCCCUACUUUAUCUUGUAUAUUUCAUGACGUACGUUGCUGGAAAUUGUGUU